UCAAGCCGAGAAACGGAGCUGUUGCUCAAUGAUAGACAAGGGCCUACUUAAAUGAGCGAACCAAGGCUUGACCCCACGAUUCCUGGGCGGCCCGUGGUUCAUCAGCCGGGGUAACGCUCUCUUCAUCAUUUCGCAAUCGUCACCUGAAGUCCUGAACUGUCCUGUACCUUUCAUUUUCGGUGAUAGGCGUCGCCAGAGGUCUCUAUUCUCGCUGUGCACCGAAUUGCCAUGUCCUCACAGUUGGAUCAGUGUAGCGAGCCCAGCCAAUACCACCAUUCGUUGUACUGAACCACAAGUCCCGUCGUCGUCAUGGCGAGUAGUGAGACAAGCGACACUAAGACGGACACGACGGCCCAUGAGAACCGUAGGCGGUCGGCAAAGGAGCGUUGCAGCCGAGGAUCAAAUUGAUCGCGUGGACACUAUCGAUGCAAUGUCGAUAUGUGACGACGAGAACGGCGACAAGGGACUGGGAGCCCUUCACAGCAUUCGCUCCAGGACACGAAGCCGAACAAAUGAGACAGUUAUUGGGUGGACUUACAACGACCCCGACAACCCCCAGAACUGGUCAAAUACUAAGAAAAGCGCCGUCGUCUUUAUAAGUGGCUUGACUGUCAUCAAUUCGACAAUGGGCUCAGCCCUACCCAGCAUGGCCAUUCCGAAGAUCACCGACGAGUGGGGUGUAACGUCUCCAGAACAGAGUGUGUUACCCAUCUCCGUGUAUCUCAUCGGCUACGUCUUUGGCCCGAUCAUCUGGGGGCCCCUGAGUGAACAGUUUGGGCGGAGGAACUUGAGCAUUGCCGCUUUCUCCGUGUUCUCGCUCUUCACCAUGGCCUGUGCCCUGGCGCCAAACUGGCCUUCCUUCUUGGUCUUCCGCUUCUUUUGCGGUAUUACAGGAAGCUGUCCCAUCGCCGUCGUGGCUGGGAUUCUUGCUGAUAUCUACGGUGAACCCCGGACACGGGGCCGAGCCUUCGCCAUCUUCAUGGUCACGACCGUAUUCGGUCCGCUCUUUGCACCCAUUGUCUCCGGCUUCUGUUCCUCCAGUAUCGGCUGGCGCUGGACCUUUUGGAUCGCCCUCAUUGUCUGUGGUGUCACUUUCGUCAUGAUCAUUCUCCUGCCCGAGACCUUUGGACCCAUACUCCUCGCUCGACGCGCAGCUCGCAUGCGUGCCGCUAACCCGUCUGCCAGGGUGGUCGCACCAAGAGAUCUCGAGUCGACCGACCUAAAUCAGCUUCUCACCGUGGUGCUGACACGGCCAAUCAGGAUGUUGAUCUCGGAACCGAUCGUGAGCACCACCUGCGCGUACCUUGCAUUGUGUUACGGCAUAUUCUACAUGUCCUUUCAGGCGUUUCCCAUCAUCUUCCAACAACUGUACGGUCUGUCGCCGGGUGUGACGGGACUGUGCUACCUUCCGAUUGGCGUUGGAGCAAUCUUGUCUCUGCCCGUGUUCUGGUAUUGGGAUCACUUCCUCGCUCUCGCUGUUUCGAGAGGAAAGACGUGGACCAAGCGUGAAGAGUUGCGUCGCCUUCCACUGGCCUGUGUUGGUGGGCCAUCCUUCGUCAUCGCACUGUUUUGGUUGGGAUGGUCUGCCCAAGAGGGAACCUCGUUCGUCGUGCCCAUGCUGGCUGGCAUACCCUUUGGCUUUGGCUUCCAACUCAUUUUCAUGGCGCUGCUGAACUAUCUGACCGAUGCCUACGAUAGCUUCGCAGCGUCAGCGAACGCCGUGGCAAGCAUGUGUAGGUCAUUGCUCGCGGUGGUGUUACCGCUGGCAACGAGUCACAUGUUUAACAAUCUUGGUAUUUCCGGGGCCUGUUCUCUCCUCGGCGGUCUGACUGCGGUAAUGUGCGCAAUUCCGUUUGUGUUCAUCUGGAAGGGACCCGACAUCAGGGCCAGGUCCAAAUUCUGUAUCGCUUUGCGUGAAAGAAGGGAAGAAUUGGCUCGAAAAGCGGAAGAAGAGAGGCUUAGGGCCGAGUACUCUGGUGAGGGCGAAAAGGAACAAGCAGCCUGAAUGUAACAUUGUGUAUUCAUAAUUCGAUUACGUCCUGUCGCGGAAACCUUUAACUUCUUGGACUUGCCCCC